AUCCAUCAACAACAAUCAGUCAUUCGCCAUACUUCUCCUAUUCUCAACAAGAACAAGUGUUUUUCGGUGUCUUCAUUAACUUGUAACGGCACCAUGCCGAAAUAUUGAGACGUGCAUUCUCUUUGCAAUAGUCCAGGAGGUAUUUUUUUUGACUAAUUCUGAAAAGGAAUGGAUUCAAACGGCGCGAGACGAAGAGCUAAAGACGGUGUCACCGAUAGUUUUGUAGAGGGUACAAAGGAUCAGGAUCAAAUGGAAAAGAAUACUUUACCACAAGAGGCCAAAGAUAAGACUGAAGAAUCAGCCCCUGCAAAAGAGGCAGAGCUCCCUGGAGUGCUAUCAAACAUGCAGCCCAAAUGGAGGAACUGGUGGAUCAGGGGAAUGUUCACCCUGGUUAUGCUUGGGGGGUUUUAUGUUAUCAUGUACACUGGGCCUCUAGGAAUUAUAAUUACAGUACAAUGUCUACAAAUCAAAUGCUUCCAUGAGGUCAUUUCCAUUGGUUAUCAAAAGUAUAAGAAAUACAAUCUACCAUGGUUUAGAUCGCUUAGUUGGUACUUUCUUUGCUGUUCAAACUAUUUCUUUUAUGGGGAAAGCAUAGUUGAUUUUAUUCGUGGAAAACCCCAUGAUGACUCAGAGGAUGUUGUUCGAGCUUAUUUUACAUACCACAGACUAGUGUCCUUCACAUUGUAUAUUUUUGGUAUUAUAUUAUUUGUGUUGAGUUUGAAGAAGGAUUUCUACAAAGUUCAAUUCUCAUUGUUUGGCUGGACCCAUGUCACACUUCUUAUUGUGGUCACGCAAUCCCAUCUCAUCAUGCAAACACUCUUUGAAGGAUUAGUGUGGUUCUUGCUUCCUGUUACUAUGGUCAUCUGUAAUGACAUAUGGGCUUACAUAUUUGGAUUCUUUUUUGGCCGAACCCCUCUAAUUAAGAUUUCUCCAAAGAAAACAUGGGAGGGUUUCAUUGGAGGUGGAGUGGCUACUGUCAUCUAUGGCUGGCUGGCCUGCUAUUUCAUGUGUCAGUACCAGUAUUUUGUUUGUCCAGUAGAGUACGAGAAAGGUUCUCCAUUCUUCUUCACGAUGACCUGUCAACCUUCACCCCAGUAUGUUCUCACUCCAUACAACCUACCUGCUCCAAUAAAAUUUCUCUUAAACUUGGGUGGAUCCCAAGAAAGUGUAAUAUGGAUGUACCCCAUGCAGCUGCACUCGCUGUCCAUGGCUCUCUUCAGCUCUAUCAUUGCACCUUUUGGUGGAUUCUUUGCAAGUGGAUUCAAGAGAGCUUUUAAAGUCAAGGACUUUGGUGACACAAUUCCUGGUCAUGGUGGCAUCAUGGAUAGAUUUGAUUGUCAGUUUAUCAUGGCUACAUUUGUACAUGUUUACCACUUCACCUUUAUCAGGGCACCUCGACCAACGAAAAUUCUCCAGCAAAUCUUAUCACUGAAACCAGAACAACAGCUGAUAGUGUAUGAGAAAUUGAAAGACGCACUGACGUUAAGAGGUCUAUUGUAAAAUAGAUGCAUAUUGUCAAUGUAUGUACACACUCUACACUAAUGUGGUACUACCAGAAAAUACCUACUACACUCCUUGACAGCCUAGAGUCAGGAAUAUAGUUUUAAAGGUUUUUGAGGUCAAAGGGCAUUUUCCCUUAGUAAGGUGGUAUGGAGUCUUUUUUGGACCCUGGUGAUAAAAUCAUUCAUUUUUAGCAGGAAUAAUGACAAGAAGAAAGGUGAAUGCAUUGAUUUAGAGGGAUAAAGGAGACAAAAAUUGAAUUAAUACAACAAGAAAUGUUUUCAUGAUAAGCUAUUUCUGAAAUAUUUGGCUCCCAGUACAAAUUACCUGUGCUUGUCAUCCUCCGAGGCCACUAUAAGAUACAGCAAUGGCAGAUCCAAGGGGGGGGGGGGGGGGGGGGGG